UGAAAAGGUUUUGUACUUUUGUGUUUUGUGUUUAUAGUGACUACUGUACUUAUAUACCGUUUAUGUAGUGUGUACCAGACACCAGUCGUAUUUCACAAUAAUUAUUAAUUAAUAUUUGUUCAUACUUCGUAAGUUCGUAGGUAGGUAAUAGGUAUACUUAGUAUAAUCGUAUUCAUUAUCAUAAGCAAGUCGUUUUCGGUCGUCGUUUUCAAAUAUGUCGCUGUCCAAAACGACAAACACGUAUAACCGACAGAAUUGGGAAGACUCCGACUUUCCAAUUGUUUGUGAAACAUGUUUAGGAGAUAGCCCUUACUUGCGAAUGGCAAAAGAAAAAUAUGGUAAGGAGUGUGAAGUUUGUGCGAGGCCGUUCACAGUAUUCCGUUGGUGUCCAGGCGCUAGAAUGCGUUUCAAGAAAACUGAAAUAUGUCAAACCUGUGCACGGUUAAGAAAUGCUUGCCAGACAUGUUUAUUGGAUCUUGAAUAUGGGCUUCCUUUACAAGUUCGUGAUGCUGCAUUAAAAAUUAAAGAACAAAUUCCCAAAUCUGAUGUUAAUAAAGAAUAUUUUGUUCAAAAUAUGGAUUCUGAACUAGCUAAAAUGGAUGAAGCUGGAGGAAAAUGUCAGAACGCUAGUGAUGUACUGGCCAAAAUGGCUCGCAAAGCUCCUUACUAUGAACGUAACCGGCCACACAUUUGUUCAUUUUGGGUGAAAGGUGAAUGUCGCCGAGGAGAAGAAUGUCCAUACCGUCAUGAAAGACCUACAGACCCAGAGGAUCCACUAUCGAAUCAAAAUUUCAAAGACAGGUAUUAUGGUGUGAAUGAUCCUGUUGCCGAGAAAAUGAUGAACAGAGCUAGUGAAAUGCCAAAACUGGAGAAACCAGAGGAUCAAACAAUCACAACACUUUAUGUUGGCAACCUGAAUGAUAUAACUACAGAAAAAGAUUUGAGGGAUGUAUUUUAUCAAUAUGGAGAAAUACGAAACAUUACUCAUGUAGCUCAUCAGAAUUGUGCAUUCAUUCAGUAUACCACACGAGCUGCAGCCGAAAUGGGAGCUGAGAGCACUUAUGGUCGUUUGACAUUGGGUGGACAUAAAUUGAACGUACGUUGGGGUCAUGCUCAAGCACGUAAAGAUAAGGAAACUACUAGUAUAGCGGCUAUGAAAGAAACCAAAAUGAAACCUUCGCCAGGAUUACCUGCUCCAUUACCACCAUUGCCUACGGAAUUACAAAACAAUUUUUUCAACAUUGCUCCUCAAGCAGUGCCUGUCGUUGCUACACCUUUUAUACCUGUCAUGCCAGCAUUACCUCAUCCGAGUAUGCAGUACAUGUCAACUCCCCUUUACCCACCGGGUACAAGCAAAUAAUGUUUAAAAAAAAAAAAAAUUAUAAUUCAUUUUUUACACGUUUUUGAUCCAAGUAUAACAGACAACUCCGAUAACCAAUCCCAAUUAUUAUAUAACUACAUCUAAAUAUCAUAUUUAGAAAUAAUAAAAUACUUGAAAGACAUCAA